AUGCCUCCGCAAGAGGCUGGAGACAGCGAGCGUGAUACUACCCUAACAGUCUAUCGACCUAGUGCCGUACCAAACCAGAAUUCCAUCGAGGCAAGGUGCUUCCAAUAUUUUGCCGAGAAAACCGUCGCGCAGCUCACAUAUUUUUUCCCGGAUGACCUUUGGAAUGUCACGGUUCUCCAAAUAGCCCAAUCAAACCCCAGCGUUCGGCAUGCAAUAUCUUCUCUGUCUUGGUACCACGAACGAUUCGUUCGCCCUACGACGGAUCUGGGGGACAAGGCUUCGUUUGCUCUCGUGCAGUACAACCUGGCUAUAAAACAUGUCCUGGUCAACCAGGUGCCCUGCCAACCUGUGCACGUUGGUAUCAUUUCGUGCUUGCUAUUCGUUUGCAUCGAAUCACUCAGAGGGAAUCUGAAUACUGCAAUGCAUUUAUUCAAGUACGGCCGCUACAUGAUACAGGACGCGAGGCGGUCGAUUAUAGCAGGCACCUCAAACUGGGACACAUUCGGCUCGGGCGAAUUCUUACAGGCAGUGGAGGCCAUCUUUCUCCCUCUGGGCAUCCAAAUAUCUCUGCUUGUAGGGGAUGUAGAUCCAGACUUUUCGCCCCAAAAUUCCCAGGCUUCAGGCACGGCCAAGUAUUUUUCAAAAUCUCCAUACUCAAACCUCCGUGAAGCACGAGACGAUAUUCUCCAAGCUACUCAAGAAUACCUGGCUUUCGACAAGAUCAACGGAGACGUGGACGGAUAUUUACAUCGUCUAGGUCUAUGGCGCGACAGGUUCCGAGAAUACAUCCAACGCGACGCCAGAUCACUAGAGGACCAAACCAGCCAACGAAGUAUUGCGUUACUUGAUUUGCAAGCAAUGUUUCUGGAGUAUUCCGUGUCGUGUUUCUGGCCGUCUGACCCACUGAAUCCAAUGAGAUGGGAUAAAUAUAGCGAUAACAAGAUCGAGGAGAUGAUUGGCCUUGCCGCAACCGCCGUUGGUCUAGGUGUCUCUGGCGAAACCAUGGAUCAUGGCUAUUGUGUUGCAGAGCCUCGGUUUCAAUUGGAUCUGGGCGUGGUUCCGAUUCUCUGGAAUAUCAUUGAUCGUUGUCGUACACCGCACUUGCGUAGGUACGCCCUUCGUAUUCUGCAGUCCACAGCAGUGCAAGAAGGAGUUUGGAACGCUGCUUUGGUCUCAAUCGUUGCCGAACGUGGCAUUUUAUUGGAGGAAGCUGGACUUGAGAGAGUAAAAUCCAAAGAGGACAUCCCAAAGGCACAGAGACCUGUUAUCAUUUGA